UAAUCCCGUCAGAAUGGAGGUCGACUCCGAGUCCCACAUCGACACCAGCUGUGCUGACAGGACCAGCAAAAACUCCAAAAUAGAGAGUUUGGGCCUUUCACAUUCCUCUCUGGCCUAUGAUGGGAACUUUAUUCGCUCUGCUUCUGGCGUGUUUAUGGUGGGAGAAAUCGUGUUUGGGCUACUGGUGUGGACUCUGAUUGGUGGGACAGAGAAUCUCCAGGUUCCUGGGCUGGGUUGGGUAAUGUUUGUGUCAGUCUUCUACUGGGUGCUUACUAUCAUUCUCUUCCUCUUAUACCUGACCAUGGUCAAUACCAAGAUUUCCCACAUUCCAUGGAAAAUGCUGGGAAUGUGUUUUAAUGGCAGUGCUUCUGUAUUGUACCUAACAGCAGCUUUGACCAAUGCUGUAUCUUUGAAUGUGGCCAUCAGGGGACGCUACUACUUUAUCAGCUGGAUGGCAUCAACGAUAUUUGCCUCACUGGCUAUGUUGUGUUAUGCAGGAAAUACAAUUGUGAAUUUCAAAUCUUGGAGAUCACAAAGUGAAGAUACAUAAGCAUGUAUUUCAAUAUUGGUUUACCUUGGGAAAAGGGACUGAAAGAGUGGAAAAAAUUUAACAAAUCCAUUUUUUUAAAAAAUCCAUAUGAGAGAGAGAGAGAGAGAGAGAGAGAGACUGUGGUUGUAGCAAAUUGCUUAAAAUAUUUGUUGCACUGAACUUAUAAAGAAGUACUUUAUAAUAGUAUUAUUAUAUUUAUAUUAAAUCUUGUUAUUUUAUGUCUCAUUGUUAUUGUUUAUGUAUCAACAUGAUUCCUGUAUUUAUAUUAUGUAGACUAUUUGAUUUUAUAAAUCAAUUGAUUUGACAAAUGUUUUUUUUUUCAUCCUAAUAAGUGGACCGAAUAACUCUUUAUUAUGUUGUAGGUUUGUCCUAAACUUCAUUUAAAUACAGCAAUCAGAAAAUGUAGGGUACAACAGGGCUAAAGGCACCACUUAAGGAAAAUGUGCUUAUCAAGAUUGAAAAAAUCAAUCACCAUGUCAGUGUGUUAGUCCAUGAUAAUAAACUGUAAAAAUAAAAAAGUUAAUAAAAGAUAUCGAAAGCACAAAAAAACAGUGCACUGUUUCUCCCACAUGCAGUGGCAAUUGUAUCUAAGCACAAUGCAACAAUUCAAACAGAAUUCUUAGGUAUUUUAGUGGAGCUCAUGUUUUAAAGAGCACAUACCAAAUCACAGCAU